GAUGGUACUUUAUAAAAUUUCAAGAAUUAUCACACUUUGAGAACAUGAUAAUGAAGUGGAGAAUUUUAUUGUGUCUUUGGUUUUUGAGUUCAUUGGAUUCAAUGGGAAUUGAAAAAAAUCAGGAAUACCAUUUUGAUGAUGAUGACUUCGAUACGAGACACUUAUACGGAUUCCAUGGCGGGAGAAAAUCACAAGAUGAUGUUGUGCAACGCAUAUUUUUCAACGUUAAAACGGAUGUUUGGUAUCUGAAAAGACAAAUGAAAAAAUUGAAUCAUCAAUCAGAUAUCAUAAUAUCAAAUAUAUCUCGAUUAAUGACAAGUCACGAUGCUGUUGAUGAUGUUAAAAAUUCGUUAUACGAACUAACAACAAAUAUAAGCCAAUUUUACAACAGUAUGAAGAAAAAUUAUAAUGGAAUAAAGAAUAAUUACUAUAUUUUAUCAUCAAAUGUAAGCGAUGUAUCCCAACGAUUUGAUAUUGUCGAAUCAUUAUGGCCUGGGAUAUUGAUGCAAGUAAAUUCAACAAUUGAACGAAUAAGUGAUUUGGCUGACAGCCAUAAUGAAUUGAAGCAAUUAUCGCGUCAACAAGGACAUUUGAUUACUUCUGGGAUCGGAAGAUUAGAACAAAAACUUGAUGUGUCAUUAGCGGCUCAUAACAUGGAAGUAUCCAGACUUCGUAAUGAUAUUGUCAGUUAUGUACUUAACGUUCAAGAUCAAGUCAUGGAGGUACAAAGAGCAGUCGAAAAAAUUUUUCAAUGUAGUUGUUUAGCUCCUGGUUCAACGAGAUCACCACCUGGACCCAGUUCAACUCCAUUCAAUGGACAAUAUACUGUAACAUCUCCACCUUAUAAACCAACUCUAAGACCCUCGACUCAACCACCAACUUAUGCACCACCACCUAAUGGGCAGCCACCGUAUGGACCACCUAACGGGCGGCCACCUAAUGGAUGGCCACCUAACGGACAGCCACCUAACGGACAGCCACCUAACGGACAGCCACCUAACGGACAGCCACCUAGCGGACAGCCACCUAGCGGACGACCACCUAACGGACAGCCACCUUAUGGACAACCUCCUAAUGGUCAGCCACCUAACGGACAACCUCCUAAUGGACAGCCGCCAACUUAUGAAAUAACAACAACAUACAGACCACUAUAUUCACCGUCGACUUCAACAACAUCAAGGGUAUAUGAAGAGACCACAUCAUAUUACUCAACAAGUGAUAGAACAACAACAACUCAUAAGCCGAUGCUUAUGCAGCCUCCGAUACAACUUGGCUUUGAUGGCCCGUUUAAAGAUAUGUGUGUUUGUAUUUGUUCGUGUCCUUGUAACUGUCCUACAUUUUCGGCUAUGCUAUUCCCUAAGCAGUAUACUAGGGAGCUGAGUGCAUGGAUAAAUUAUUAUUAUAAGUCAUAUGGGGUAGCACAAUCGGCUUCAAGUUGCAGCUGUCUUUGUGCAUGUCCUUGUGAUGGAAGUGAUAUAUCGACAUCAGGUCCAUCAAGGACGGAGCUAAUAGAUACUACAACACCUUUUAAUAUACCAGAAACUACUCAAAGUUUUACAACAUUAUUCACAACAGAACAUUUUGAUAUUGAUAUUGAUAUCGGAAACGGAGUCGGAGGUUGGCCUGAUAAUAGUCAACCUCCUCUUUCUACUACUCUUCCUCCUCCAGAUGAAACGGACCAAUUUGUACAAUGUGUAUUAGGCUUAUGUUCCAAAGGUCAAAGAAUCGAACAAGAAAUAGAAACAUUCAAAAAGGUGAUGUUAGAAACAAUGGAAGGCAAUAAAGUCGCUUUAAUAAGUCAUCUUAAUGCAAGAACUGAUGAUUUAAGACACUUUCUUACUGACAUACAUAGUUCAACCUAUAAUCUUAAUUAUGAUAAUAAAAAUACAACGAUACUGAUGCAUAUAGAAAUGAGAAAAAAAUUCGAUGAAAUGCAUUAUUUGAUAAAAGUCGUUUCUGACAUACUAGUCAAACUUAAUCAUGAAAUUGAUAUUAUACAGUCGAAAAUAUCUUCAAAUAAACCGAAUCUUGGCAACAAUAAACCUUCAAACGGGGACAAUUAUCAGUCAAAUUACGAUCCACAUGAUUUCAAUAAUCCAAACAACUGGCCACACAGUCGUUUGUUGCCGGAUAUUAAUAUGGUUAACAGUAAUAAAAGCAAAACGAAAUCAUUUUAUGAAUUGCGAAAAAACAUUAGUAACAUAACUCAACAAGAUAAUCCGAGUAAAAAUAAUUCAACUGUUGGAUUAAAGUCAGAUAAAAAGAUGAUGAUUUAUAGAUGAAAGUUGAAUAAAUCAUUUUUAGUCCUAAAAAUGUAAUACUAUUUCUCAUGUAUCUUAAUUUUAAAACAACUCAACUGAUUUUCGAUCAUUUUCAAAGAGCUAUCAAUCUCUUGUAAUUUUUUUUUUUUAUUAUAUUCGUGUAUUUUUGUGCAUUCAUUUUACAACAUUUGAUUAAUACUUUAUCAAGCAUUUUAUCGGUAGAUACAAAUUUUGGCUUUAAUUAUGGUUGUUAAGCAAAACAAGUUAGCAACUUAAUAAUAUAAUGUGAUUAUAUGUAAUAAAUAUUUAUGAAAUUUCUCGAUUAAUAUUUAAUCUUGGCUGAUGUUCUUGGUCACUAAUAAAUCUUUUAUAAGAUA